CCGCCGUCGCCUCAGCCUCCGCCUGGGCUGUAGUCCGGGACCCGGGCCACCCACCGGGCAGACUGGCUCGCCGGGGCUCGGAAGCCUCUUGGAAGGAGACGAACGCCGGGCCCGGCUGAUUGCGGUGUCCCCCUCCCGAGCCCCGGGGGUCCGUGAUGGAGCGCGGCGGUGAGAGCGAAGUGGACUUUUCAAGCCACAGCGGCGUUACCCCUUUAUGGAGGAGGCGAUCCACCCCGCAGCCCCAGCUGCUGGUCCGGAACAAGCCCCGACCCCAGUCCUACCAGAACCCCACUGGGCUGCUCAUCACCGAUUUCCCCGUGGACGACAGGGGGGCGUUCACAGGGAAGGAGCCUUCCCACACGGGGAGCAUCUCUUCGGCUUCCCCUUCUCCAUCCCCAUCUCCGGACCGCAGGAUGCUCCCGAGGAGCCCCUUGCUGUGGUGCCCGAACAGGGGGCCUGUGGCCAACGGGAAGGCUCACUCUCUGGAUUUCAGAGCCGUGUCCCCGAGGCUGCGGGACGAGAAGUCAGCCCCCCUCUAUCAGAGGGGGGCCGGCCCUUCCCUGAGCUGCCCGGGACCGGGCGCACCCCCAGACGCUCAGGCCAAGCACCCCCAGAGGAGUGCCAGUACCUCCAUCCCGAGGAGCCCUGGCGACGAGCUGGGGGCCCUGAGCGCCAGCACGGGGGCUUCGCUCAGCGCCUCGGUGCCCGCUCUCUGCCGCUCCUCACCCAGCCAGCCCGUCCUCUGCCGCUCCUCACCCAGCCAGCCUGCCCUCUGCCGCUCCUCACCCAGCCAGCCUGCCCUCUCCCGAUUGCCACCCAGCCAGCCUGCCAGGGAGCCGGAGAGGGCGCCCGGGAAGCUCUCGCCCUGCCCCCCGAGGACUCCCCCCGAGCCCAAAGUGGCUCUCCAGCGUCUGCCUUCCAGCCCCGAAAAGCCCGUGGUGAUUCUGAGCACCAACAGCCCGGCCGCCCUCAAAGUGGGGAAGCACCAGAUCAUCCCCAAGGGCUUGGCCUCGGACAUUAAGAUCAGCAAAGCCAGCGCUCCCAGCUCCGAGCCCCACAAGAGGCUCUUGAAGGUGCGCAGCCUGCUGGACCCCCUCAGCACCCCGCUGGUCCCCGCCGGCGACGCCGAGGGGGAAGCCGACAGCGACUUAGACAGCCCCGGGUCCCUGCGGAGAGCCCUGAGGUCCACGUCCUACCGCAGGGCCGUGGUGAGCGGCUUCGACUUUGACAGCCCUGCCAACUCCAAGAAGAAGAACCGAAUGUCCCAGCCGGUCCUCAAAGUGGUCAUGGAGGACCGGGAGAAAAUCUCCAGCUUGGGGAGGAUUAAGAAGAAAAUGCUGAAAGGACAAGGAACGUUUGAUGGGGAAGAAAAUGCUGUAUUGUACCAGAACUACAAAGAAAAAGCUCUCGAUAUUGACUCUGAUGAAGAUUCAGAGCCGAAAGAGCAAAAGCCAGAUGAAAUCAUCGUAAUUCACUACAAGCCACUGAGGUCCACGUGGAGCCAGCUUUCUGCAGUGAAAAGAAAUGGAUUAUCUCAAACUAUUAGCCAAGAGGAAAGAAAGAGACAAGAGGCUAUGUUUGAAGUCAUUUCCUCUGAACACUCCUACUUGCUCAGCUUGGAGAUCCUCAUACGGAUGUUUAAAAAUUCGAAAGAACUGAGUGAUACAAUGACCAAAACUGAGAGCCAUCAUCUUUUCUCCAACAUCGCUGAUGUCUGUGAAGCCAGCAAAAAAUUUUUUAAAGAAUUGGAAGAAAGACACCAAAAUAAUAUCUUCCUAGAUGAUAUAAGUGACAUUGUAGAAAAGCAUACAACGUCUACGUUUGAUCCAUAUAUAAAAUAUUGUACAAAUGAAGUCUACCAGCAAAGGACGCUACAAAAAUUACUAGCAACUAAUCCAUCUUUUAAAGAAGUAUUAUCUCGGAUUGAAUCCCAAGAAGAGUGUAGGAAUUUACCCAUGAUCUCUUUCCUUAUUCUCCCCAUGCAGAGGGUUACACGUCUUCCCUUGCUGAUGGAUACUAUCUGUCAGAAAACACCUAAAGAUUCACCAAAAUAUGAAGUUUGCAAACGAGCUCUAAAAGAAGUGAGCAAGUUGGUUCGUUUGUGUAACGAAGGGGCACGGAAAAUGGAACGAACUGAAAUGAUGUAUACGAUUAAUUCCCAGCUGGAAUUCAAAAUAAAGCCAUUCCCUUUAGUAUCUUCCUCUCGCUGGCUGGUAAAAAGGGGAGAACUGACGGCCUAUGUGGAAGACACGGUACUUUUCUCCCGAAGGACGUCCAAACAGCAGGUCUACUUCUUCCUCUUCAAUGAUGUUCUCAUUAUCACAAAGAAGAAGAGUGAAGAAAGUUAUACAGUCAAUGACUAUUCCUUGAGGGAUCAAUUAUUGGUGGAGCUUUGGGACCAGGAAGAAAUGAAUUCUUCUCCCCUGAAGAACAGCUCCACCAUGCUUUACUCCAGACAGAGCUCUGCCAGUUACCUGUUUACUCUGACGGUUCUCAGUAACCACGCAAAUGAAAAAGUGGAAAUGCUCCUAGGAGCCGAGACUCAGAGCGAGCGGGCGCGCUGGAUAACGGCCUUGGGGCAGAGCAGCGAGCACCAGAGCUUGGACAGGACCACGCUGACCCAAGUGGAAAUCACACGCACCUUCACGGCCAAGCAGCCCGACGAGCUCUCUCUCCAGGUGUCCGACGUGGUCCUGGUGUACCAGAAGGUCAGCGACGGUUGGUAUGAAGGUGAGCGUCUGCGGGAUGGUGAAAGGGGCUGGUUUCCUAUGGAGUGUGCCAAGGAGAUAACCUGCCGGGCGACCAUAGACAAGAAUGUGGAGAGAAUGGGUCGGUUACUUGGACUCGAGACUAACGUCUAGCUCCCCCGAUGGCUCCCUUUUUUGGGGAUGGCAGGAUUUGCACUAAAUGUUAAUGGUGGGCUGGCUGGUUUUUGCUAGUUUUAUUAUUUUAUUUGUAUUUUUUAACACAGCCUAUUUUGUUAAAUGAAAAUAAAAAUCACUUUUCUUCAAA